AUGUGUGAUAGCGAUGACCAAGCAGAGCAUGGGCGCUCUGGUAUGGAUUUAACUGGUUUCUUGUUUGGAAAUAUUGAUGAAACUGGACAACUUGAAGAUGAUGGAUUGCUUGACGGGGACUCUAAACGAAUGCUCUCCUCUCUUAACCGACUGGGUCUGGGAUCUAUGCUAUCUGAAGUUCUUGAACAGGAUGAACCAAAUCAAGAAGACGAAGAAAAAGAUUAUACAGAAAAAAGUCCAUCUGCAGUAGACUAUUUUGAUAUUGAUGAUGUUGCAGAAGAAGUGAAAAGUGAGGAUUUAGCUGAUAGCACUAAUCAAGAUGCACAAGGGGGGGAUAUACAAACUGAAGAGAUUAAAACAAAAGAAGAAGAGGAGUCGCUGAGCAAAGACAGUAAUUGUCCACAGAAUGAAGUAAAGAACGAUAAAGAUGAUGAUUGGUUAAAGUCUGACAACGCCGAAGAUAAUGAAGCAGAACAACGAAAUAAUGAUGAGGGUUACGAAGGUGACAUGGAAGGAGAUGGAGGUCUCAUGCCACCACCAUCAUCAGUUCCUAGACAGAAAACUGAUAAACCAAGGAAGUUGGAGACUCCUCUUGCUGCCAUGCUACCAUCUAAGUACGCUAAUGUUGAUGUAACUGAACUAUUUCCAGAUUUUAGACCUGACAAAGUACUUUUGUUCUCCCGUCUUUUCGGUCCCGGCAAACUAUCAAGCCUACCACAAAUAUGGCGUGGGGUAAGGAAGCGCCGAAGAAGAAAACGCAGCGGCAGCACAAGCAGUGACACACCACCGCAAAUUCCAGAGAACCAGGAACCCCAGUAUGCUAGUGAUGAUGAAGAGAAAUUCCUAAAACCCAUGGAGGAGAGUCAACAAAUGAAUUCGGAUAAUAAUUCGCAAAAUUGUGGCGACAAGUCACAAAAACCUACACCGGCGCAUUGGCGUUUCGGUCCAGCUCAGAUGUGGUAUGAUAUGCUCAAUGUUCCAGAGACCGGCGAGGGAUUCGAUUACGGUUUUAAAACAAAGGCUCCUUCUACAGAUGCCGAAGAGAAACCAAAAGAAUUGGACGAAGCUGAACAAGCUCAAGGUGCCGGUAGUCCUGACAGUGGCUUUCCUGACGACGCAUUUCUGAUGGUCUCACAACUGCAAUGGGAAGAUGAUGUCAUAUGGGACGGCAGUGAGAUUAAACAUAAGGUUUUGGCCCGUCUCAACAGUAAGAGUAAUGCGGCUGGCUGGGUGCCGACUUCUGUAAGCAGAACCGCUCAACAAUUCUCUCAUCCACGUCCGCAGCCAACCACACAACUGCAACCUAAGCCACCUACCUCUGCGGCGUCGUCAGCUAACGGCCAGCCUGGCGGUUCCGCUGCCGAUGGCGAAGACAACACAUGGUACAGCAUAUUCCCCGUGGAGAACGAGGAACUGGUGUACGGAACCUGGGAGGACGAGGUUAUAUGGGACGCGGAGAACAUGCCGGCCGUACCGAAACCGAAGAUAUUGACGCUGGACCCCAACGACGAGAAUAUAAUUCUGGGAAUCCCAGACGACGUGGAUCCUUCUAAGAUAACGAGAGAGCGUGGGCCGGCGCCAAAAGUUAAAAUACCACAUCCACACGUCAAGAAGUCCAAGAUCCUGCUCGGCAAGGCGGGCGUGAUAAACGUGCUUCAGGAGGACGCCCCGCCACCUCCCCCAAAAUCCCCUGACCGAGAUCCAUUCAAUAUAUCCAAUGACGUGUACUACCAGGCGAAGUCGCAGAACCCCCGUUUGAAGGUCGGCGGAGGUCAACUGAUACAGCACAGCACGCCGGUGGUGGAGCUGAGGGCGCCCUUCAUUCAGACCCACAUGGGCCCGGCGAGACUGCGCGCCUUCCACAGGCCCGCCAUGAGGAAACUAUCUUACGGGCCCCUGGCCACUAACGGACCUCAUCCCGUCCAGCCGCUCUUGAAGCACAUCAAGAAGAAGGCCAAGCAACGCGAAGCGGAACGCUUGGCGUCAGGUGGCGGCGAUGUGUUCUUCAUGCGCACUCCUGAGGACCUCAGCGGCAAAGACGGCGAGCUGGUACUGGUGGAGUUCUGCGAGGAGCAUCCGCCGCUCAUCAGCCAGGUCGGGAUGUGCUCCAAGAUCAAGAACUAUUACAAGCGGACAGCUACCAAGGACAACGGCCCCAAAUCGUUCAAAUACGGUGAAGUGGCGUACGCGCACACCUCUCCGUUCCUGGGCAUUCUCGCCCCGGGCGCUUCCCAGCCGGUGGUUGAGAACAACAUGUACCGAGCGCCGAUUUACGAGCACACGCUGCCUCAGACCGACUUCCUGAUUAUAAGGACAAGACAAGCAUAUUACAUUCGUGAGAUUGACGCAAUGUUCGUAGCGGGCCAAGAGUGUCCACUUUACGAAGUACCAGGCCCUAAUUCUAAAAGGGCUAACAAUUUCGUUCGAGAUUUCCUGCAGGUUUAUAUUUACCGGUUGUUCUGGAAAUCGCGAGACAAUCCGCGUCGCAUCAAAAUGGACGAUAUCAAAAGGGCUUUCCCGUCACACUCAGAAAGUUCUAUACGGAAGCGUCUGAAGCUGUGUGCAGAUUUUAAGAGAACUGGAUUGGACUCAAAUUGGUGGGUGAUAAAGCCCGAUUUCCGCUUGCCGUCCGAAGAGGAGAUCCGCGCGAUGGUCUCGCCCGAGCAGUGCUGCGCCUACUUCAGCAUGGCCGCCGCCGAGCAGAGGCUCAAGGACGCCGGCUAUGGGGAGAAGUUCAUCUUCACCCCGAUGGAGGACGACGACGAGGAGAUGCAGCUGAAGAUGGACGAUGAGGUCAAGGUGGCGCCGUGGAACACCACGCGGGCAUACAUCCAGGCGAUGCGCGGCAAAUGUUUGCUCCAACUGACGGGCCCCGCCGACCCGACGGGGUGCGGGGAGGGCUUCUCUUACGUCCGAAUGCCGAACAAGCCCACCCAGCAGCCGAACGAGGAGCAGCAGCCGAAGAGGACGGUCACCGGGACGGAUGCCGAUCUGAGGCGGCUUAGUCUGAACAACGCGAAGGCGCUGCUGAGGAAGUUCGGCGUGCCCGAGGAGGAGAUCAAAAAGCUCUCCCGAUGGGAAGUCAUUGACGUCGUCCGAACCUUGUCAACUGAGAAGGCUAAAGCCGGGGAGGAAGGAAUGACCAAGUUCUCAAGAGGGAAUAGGUUCUCCAUAGCAGAACACCAAGAAAGGUACAAAGAAGAGUGCCAACGGAUAUUCGAGCUUCAGAACCGUGUACUGACGAGUACGGAAGUGCUAAGUACAGAUGAGGCGGAAAGUUCCGUCUCCGAGGAGUCUGAUUUGGAGGAGAUGGGCAAGAACUUAGAGAACAUGUUGGCCAACAAGAAAACUACCGAACAGUUAUCGUUGGAGAGAGAAGAAGCCGAGAGGGCGGAACUGAGGAAGAUGAUUUUGGGGCAGUCAGAAAAGAAGCCGCAGAUCAAUCAAAAUGAUCAACAGACCUUGAAUCAGGGGCGCGUGUUGCGCAUCGUGCGCACGUUCCGCAACGCGUCCGGCCAGCGGUACACGCGCGUUGAGCUCGUCCGCAAGGCGGCGGUGAUCGAGGCGUACACAAAGAUACGAUCAACUAAAGACGACACAUUCAUACGCCAGUUCGCGACAAUGGACGAGACGCAGAAGGAGGAGAUGAAGCGGGAGAAACGAAGGAUACAGGAACAACUCAGACGUAUUAAGAGAAAUCAAGAAAGGGAGAGGCUAGCUGGUAACGUGACCGUGCCCGCAAUAUUCCCAGGAAGUAAUGACAAUUUCAACAUGUCUUCAUCAACGGAUCAUGGCUCUAAGUCACCGGGUCUGAUUCCCCUUGGCCAGAUAAAACAGGAGCCAGAUCUCCACACACCGUCUCGGCGACGCACGAAACUGAAGCCGGAUUUGAAACUAAAAUGCGGCGCCUGCGGCCAGGUGGGGCACAUGCGCACGAACAAGGCGUGCCCUCUCUACACGGGCACGCUGAGCGCGCCGCUCUCGCCGGAGCACGAGGCGGAGCCGCCGCCGGAGCCGGACGACGACGACCUCGGCUACGUGGAGGGCACCAAGCUCACGCUGCCCUCCAAGCUCAUCAAGCAAUCCGCCGAGGAGCUGAGGCGCAGGGGCGGCUCCGGCCGGCGGGAGGUGCGCGCCGCGGGGCGGAACAAGCGUCGCGGCACCGCGAGCGAGCCCUGCGACUAUCUGGUUCGGCGGCCGGCCGAGAGGCGGCGCACCGACCCGCUCGUAACGCUCUCCUCGCUGUUGGAGGACGUGCUCAACCACAUGCGCCACCUGCCCGACGUGCAGCCGUUCCUGUUCCCCGUCAACCCGAAGUUAGUCGCAGAUUAUUAUCGCAUCGUAUCGCGGCCAAUGGAUCUCCAAACGAUAAGAGACAAUUUGCGUCAGAAGCACUAUCAAAGCCGCGAAGAGUUUCUGGCCGACGUCAACCAGAUCGUUGAGAACUCCACGCUGUACAAUGGUCCCACAAGUAGUCUGACGGUGGCAGCGCAGCGUAUGCUGCAACGCUGCGUUGAAAAGUUGGCCGAGAAGGAGGAGCAGCUCAUGAAGUUGGAGAAGCAGAUCAACCCUCUCUUGGACGAUAACGAUCAGGUGGCGUUGUCGUUCAUAUUAGAGAAUCUUCUAACGACCAAGCUUAAGAUUAUGCCCGAAGCGUGGCCGUUCGUGAAGCCCGUGAAUAAAAAGCAGGUCAAAGAUUACUACAGCGUGAUCAAGAAGCCCAUCGAUAUGGAAACCAUGGGCAAGAAGAUACAAGCUCACAAAUAUCACAGUCGGGAAGAUUUCUUAAAGGACGUCCAACUGCUGGUUGACAACUGUCGCGCAUACAACGGCGUCAAUUCUCAGUUUACACGACAGGCAGAGACCAUACUGAAAGUCACUCGGGAGGCGCUUGAACAGUUCGGCGAACACGUGAGCCAGCUGGAGGCGAACAUAUCGAAGGUGCAGCAGAAGAUGCUGGAGGAAGCGGAGCAGUCGGACGUCGAAUCGGAGGAGACACAAAUGCAGCCGGACGAGAAACGCGGCCGCGGACGCCCGAGGAAGUACAAGCCCUCAACGUCCACCGUAGACGGAGCUACGCCAAGAAAACGCGGCCGGCCUAAAAAGGAUCAAAAUAGCCUGGAGGAGGAUCUCCAAUACUCUGACAGCGGUAGUUCUGAGCUGGAGGAAGUGGAACAGAAAGACGCCGCGGAAGCAAUGGUCGAGUUGUCUGUGCAUACGGAUGACAACGCUCACGGCGAGCCGAGCUUUGACACUUCAGAGUUCCUGAAAAUAAAGCGCGAGGCGCCCGAUGAGAUGCCCCAUCAGAGCGACGAGUUCGUUGACCUCGAUCGUUCCACAGAUUACACUUUCCCGCCAGUUGUUAAGGAGGAGCCAAUUGAGCCGGAUAUGAAUAUGGAUCAGCAGAUGAUGGACGCGCCACCGGUCGAUCCGCCGCAGUUCAAAGAGGAGCCACCAGAAAACUGGCAGCCGGAUCCCGCAAUACAAGACGAUCUCCAGGUCACGGACAGUGAGGAAGAAGCGGAGGAUGGCCUGUGGUUU